AUGAAUGGAUUCAAAGAUGUAGUUCAACUAUUGGUCGACAAAAACGCGAAUAUUGAGGCUAUCGAUGAUCAAGAACGGACACCAUUGUAUGUCGCAGCUCAAAAUGGUCAUUUGGAGAUAGUGCAGUUUCUGAUUAGUAAAGGCGCUGAUAUCAAUGCUGUUAAUAACAAAAAUUGGACUCCAUUGCACAAUGCAUCUCAAAAUGGUCACUUGGAUGUAGUGCAGUUUAUGAUUAGUAAAGGCGCCAAUGUCAAUGACACCAAUGAUAGAAAUUGGACUCCAUUGCACAUUGCAUCUCGAAAUGGUCAUUUAGAGAUAGUGCAGUUUCUGGUUAGUAAAGGCGCCAAUGUUAAUGCUGAUAUUGUAGAAAAUUGGACUCCAUUGCACCUUGCAUCUCAAGAUGGUCACUUGGAAGUAGUGCAGUUUCUGGUUAGUAAAGGCGCCAAUGUUAAUGCUGAUAAUGUAGAAAACUGGACUCCAUUGCACAUUGCAUCUCAAAAUGGUCAUUUAGAGAUAGUGCAGUUACUGGUUAGUGAAGGCGCCAAUAUUAAUGCUGUUGAUGUUGAAAAUUGGACUGCAUUGCACAUUGCAUCUCAAAAUGGUCAUUUGGAGAUAGUGCAGUUUCUAGUUAGUGAAGGCGCUAAUGUCAAUGCUGUUAAUGAAAGAAAUGGGACUCCAUUGCACUUUGCAUGUCAAAAUGGUCAUUUGGAAGUAGUGCAGUUUCUGAUUAGUGAAGGCGCUGAUGUCAAUGCUAUUCUUGAGAAAAAUUGGACUGUAUUACACAUUGCAUCUGAAAAUGGUCAUUUGGAGAUAGUGCAAUUUCUGGUUAGUAAAGAUGCGAAUGUCAAUGCUGUCGAUCAAAGAAAUUGGACUCCUCUGCACAUUGCCGCCUAUUAUGGUCACAAAAAUAUAGUCAAAGCAUUGAUGGACAAAGUUAGUCUUUUUGCAUAUACAAUGGCAAAUAAUCUGCCUACAUCCACUGAAGAAGUGCAUCAUAAGGAAAUCUUCCAGGCCAUCAGAGAUAACGAUUUGCCCAAAGUGCAAGGUUUACUCAACUCCUGCAGUGUUCAAUUAAUAAACAUUGUCGAUGAUACCAAUAAAAACAAUACACCCCUGCAUUGUGCAGUGGAAGAAAACAGGUAUGAAAUCGUCCAGAAACUAUUAUUGAAAAAGUGGGGAUUGAAUAUAAAUGCGCAGAACGAGGAUGGUGACACUGCCCUACACGUUGGUGCCAAAAAGAACUAUGAUCGACUAAUGCACUUGCUCCUCAAAGCAGGAGCAACCAGCGAUGUUGUCAACAAAGAAGGUGAAACAUUUCUGGAUAUUGUUAGGAAAUUGGCAAUUCGAAUAGGAAUUUUGAAAAACAAUCUCCAGGUCGAUAUAUCUAACCAACCGGGACCAUCUCGAAUAGUUACAGGUAAAAUUUAAAGUAACCUUAUCUUAAAUUAUCAUGAUUAUAACUUUCUACACAUUUAUUAAAUUUUGUAUUU